GCUUACUUUGCUUGUGGUCUUUUCUCUCUUUCUCUUGUUCUCUGCACCAAACCUUCCAAAACCGCUAACUCAAACGUUUCAGUAUUGGUCCACAGCACCAAUGGGUAGGUCACCAUGCUGUGAAAAAGUGGGCUUGAAGAAAGGCCCUUGGACUCCUGAGGAGGACAAAAAGCUCAUGGCUUACAUAGAAGAGUUCGGCCACGGAAGCUGGCGUGCCUUGCCUUCAAAAGCUGGCCUUCAAAGAUGUGGGAAGAGCUGCAGACUGAGGUGGACUAACUACCUUCGACCCGACAUUAAAAGAGGAAAGUUCAGCUUGCAGGAAGAGCAAACAAUCAUUCAACUCCAUGCCCUUCUUGGGAACAGAUGGUCAGCUAUAGCGGCUCAACUUCCGAAGAGAACCGACAAUGAGAUAAAGAACUACUGGAACACACACCUGAAGAAAAGGUUAACAAGAAUGGGGAUAGACCCCACCACCCACAAGCCCAAAACCGAUGCGCUUGGUGGCUCCGGUGGUUGCCAAUCCAAGGACGCAGCGAACCUCAGCCACAUGGCGCAGUGGGAGAGUGCUCGUCUCGAAGCGGAAGCAAGACUGGUGAGAGAGUCAAGGUUGCAAGUCCAGAGCAACCUGGGACCCGGCUCCAACACACAACCCGCGAGGCUGGUCCUCAACAAAAUUACUACGCAACAACCCUCUCUACCACCCUGCCUCGACAUCCUCAAAGCAUGGCAAAGCUCAUGGUCGAAGCCACAACCACCAACAAAAGAAAGUAACCCCAAAAUGAUGCAUAGCAUGUACGCCAUGAUGCUAUCCACCGAAGACACUCUAGAGUCACCAACCUCCACGUUGUGCUUUCCAGGAACGACACCAACCAUGCUUCCUGUAUCCAACAAUAACAACAUUGGAGUACUGUUCAACGAAAACAACGACAUGUUUCCUCUCCCAAGCACAAACAUGGAUGGUGGGUUGAUGAAAGAGAACACGGUGUUACAUUUGCAAGACGAUGAUAUUAUGGCGGCUGUGGAAGCAUUUAGAGCCACUACUACAAUGUACGACAGCAACAAUAAUGUUGUUCCUCCCACACUCCCCAACGGUGUUGUCCUCGAAGGACUCAACAAUGAUGAAGGGUUGGUUUAUGACUCCAACGAUAACUUGGGAGCGGAGGAAGAGAACAUGGCAAUGAUGAACGGGGAUGGAAGCCUCUGCAACGUGAACCUGGAAGAGAAUAACAAGCAUUACUGGAAUAACAUAUUUAAUUUGGUGAAUGAUCCCUUGUCUGGUCCCUCUGUCUUCUGAUCAUCUCAUCGAUACACGGUUGUGUGGUGUCGUAUGUUAAACUAGUUAGAUAGAGUAGCCGUUAGCUAUUGGACUUUAUUAGGUUAAAAUGCUACUAAUAGUAAUAAUGUCUCACAAAAUAAUCAUGUAAUCAUCAUAUUCUUGUCCAAAAUAGUAGAUUAAUUAGGUGUUAACCGUUGAGUU